AUGCCAGUUGCCUUAAUUGCCUUGAUGCCAUUCUCUACAAGGAAUGAAAAUCCUACAAGUCAUCAGUAUCAAUUUGAGAAAAGGAGGAUCCUCAUAACCCUCAACUUUCAUUGGCAUAGAAGUCCUCCAGCAGUUCAUGUGAUGCAGAAAUGCUUAUUGAUAAAGGAGAGGCUGGACAGAAGGGUGAAUAGAAGUGAUGGUAAUGUCAGAGAGCAGAUAUGGUUCUAUAACUUGGGCAUUGAAGAUUGUUUAGAUGUGUAUACAGGUCCUAAAAACACCUCUUUGAAGAAGAUGAUCAAAAUUUCCACUGUCAGUUCAGAGCCCAGCAAAUUGGAGAUCCUUCAACUUGUUCUCUCAAGUGGCAAGCUAGAAAGAAUGUCAUAUUACCCUUUGUGCAGCCAUCACAACACCACUGUUGUAUCAGCUACACUAGAGAUAGACAGUCCUUUAUCUCAGUUAUCAGAUUCUAGCACUGUGAGUGCUCAGGAUGCUACCUCUGUUCUGGCUGUAAACCAUGUUCCAGUGUCUGGUUUUACAGUGCUGAGAAACCUUCCUCUUGCCUGUGCACAAGCAGAGGAAGAGGAUUUAAAUCACUCAGAGAAAUUGGAGAAUAUAAUGAUUAUGAUUAUGAAUCAUCUAUAUUUUCUACCUUCGAAAAAGCAUUCCAUAGUACAGAUGCAGAAGAAUACAAUAGAAUGGUAA